AUGAGAAGGUGUAGGGACCGGGGAGCAGUGCUCCUGCUACAGGUGGCCCUGCUGCUGCCCUGGGCAUAUGGCUUCCAGAAACCAUCAUGUGGCCAAAGAGUAAGUGUGAAACCCAGAAAUCGAGACAGUUCUGGAAUCCUGGGUGGGGAAGCUGCCGACAUUAGAGAAUUUCCAUGGCAGGUGAGAAUUCUGCACAAUCGCAGGCACCUCUGCGGAGGAUCUGUGCUCAGUAAGUGGUGGGUUCUAACUGCAGCCCACUGCUUCUACAGAAUAACUGAUUAUAACCUGGUGAUCACACACAGCGUAAGCAACGUCAGUAUCACGAACUCCACAGCAGUGAGAGUGGACAAGCUAAUCACUCACCCUUAUUUUGACAGCUGGCUCUUGGACAAUGACAUAGCUUUGCUCUUGCUCCAAUCCCCAUUACCCCUGGGUGUCAAGAAUUCACCCAUCUGCGUUUCAGAGGUCACUGACCUCUGUAAAUGGACCAACUGCUGGGUGACCGGAUGGGGCUUUACCAGCGUUACCAAUGCAAGUUUGUCUCCAACCCUUCAGAAAGUCAGCAUCAAGCUGAUGCAGCAGCAUAAGUGCUCCAACACCAUGCCCCUGAUCACCAGGAACAUGCUGUGUGCUGGGCACAAGCGAGGCGGGAAGGACGCCUGCCAGGGUGACAGUGGGGGGCCUCUGGUUUGCCAAAAAAAGAAGAAGACAGACAUAUGGUACCAGGUGGGCAUUAUCAGCUGGGGACUGGGCUGUGGCCAGAAGAACUUGCCUGGAGUGUACACGAAGGUGGCAAAUUAUCUCCUUUGGAUUAGCAAGGAGACGAGGCUGGCCGGGAAGCCUUACGUAUACGAGAAAGACUCUGGGGCCAGUGUGUUUCUCUCACCCUGGGCCGUCUCAUUACUACACAGUGGUGCCCGACCCAGCAUCACCAGUGCCACGUCAGAGGAAGCUGCUAAAAAGUAA